CUCGGUACCGCGAACGACAAAGAACGACAUUCUCCGUGUUGCCUCUGUCACUACCGAGGAACUACCUACAGUCAGUGGGAACUACACGCCCCUUGAGUUGACGCACGACUGAUAGCACGUAGCAACAACUUCUGAUAAUGUUUUGAGUAAGAAGGCUACAUAUUAACUGACAACGGGCGCCAAGCACAGAGGGAAGAGCGGCUGUUUCUCCUACAAUGGCCACCAUCGUCUUUUGCUGUGUAAACAAAACGGCUCGGACUACCGCGAGACGAUGUUUGAUUUCUCAUUUAAAGGGACUCUCUAGCCCAGGAACGUCUCAUUUGCCGUUAUCCUCCACUUACAGCACGCCGCCGUCUUUCCUUCCUGGGACGAGAUGGUUUUUCAAGGGUUUCAGCGUGCGCUUCAUGUCUCAUGGGACCGCAGGCAGAUCCGCAGCCGGGCGAACCAGAAGGGGAGCCCUGGCGCUCUGUGGAGCCGCAGCAGUAACAGCAGCAGCAGUGGGGUUUUUAGCCAACGCCGACCACUUCCGGCGUGCUGAAAUGGCAACGAAAGUCUCUCAAGCCGCUGUGGAAAAGGAGGAAGAGGGGGGCAUCCUAGAAAGAUGCCGGGGGUUCAUGUCUCCUCCGGUGACCGACAUCGGUGUGCUGCAGGAGAGGAAAGGGGAGAUGCGUACGAGGAUGGAGAUGCUGAUCAUGGAGACGCAGGCCGAGUUCUGCAAAGCCCUGCAGGAGGUGGACGGUGGGAAGUUCAAGGUGGACCGGUGGGAGAGGAAGGAAGGUGGCGGAGGAAUCAGCUGUGUGAUGCAAGAUGGAAAGGUGUUUGAGAAGGCAGGGGUCAAUGUGUCAGUUGUGUUUGGAAACCUGACCGAGGAGGCCGCCAGGCAGAUGAGGAGCAGAGGGAAAGUCCUCAAAGGAAAAGAUGGUAAGCUGCCAUUUUGUGCCAUGGGUGUGAGCUCUGUUAUCCACCCUAAGAACCCUCACAUCCCCACAGUGCACUUCAACUACAGAUACUUUGAGAUCGAAGAGGAAGAUGGCUCUAAGCAGUGGUGGUUUGGUGGAGGCACAGACCUGACUCCAGUUUAUAUCAAUAAAGAAGAUGCGUUUCACUUCCACAACACCCUGAAGGAGGCCUGUGAAAAGCACCACCCGCAGUACUACCCCGACUUUAAGAAAUGGUGUGACAGAUACUUCUACGUCCGGCACAGAGGAGAGACUCGGGGUAUAGGAGGGAUCUUCUUCGAUGACCUGGAUGCCCCGAGCCAGGAGGAGGCAUUCAACUUUGUCAAGAGCUGUGCCCGCACUGUUGUGCCCUGUUACCUACCCAUCGUAUACAAACACCUCAACGACUCCUUUACCCCUGAGGAGAAGCACUGGCAGCAGGUACGAAGAGGAAGAUACGUGGAGUUCAACCUGGUGUAUGACAGGGGAGUGAAGUUUGGCUUGGCCACGCCUGGCUCGAGGAUUGAGAGCAUUCUCAUGUCCCUGCCCCUCACUGCUAGGUGGGAGUACAUGCACGAGCCUGCUAAAGGUACCCAGGAGGCUGAGAUGCUGGAGGUAUUGCGAAACCCCAAGGAAUGGGUGUGACCGCAGUGUUAACGGGUUUAUAUGUCAAUAUGAACAAAACAUCCAGGUCUUUGUUGUAUUUUAUAAAGGUAUGACCUGUUUGACUAGAUCAGCAGUGACACUGUGUUUACCAAAAUAAUAGAGGGUUGAGUUGCACUGAUCUGAAGACUUUUUAAAUCUGCGUUGGUACUUUUCUCUCUUUCCUGUUUGCUAUGUUUUAUCAAAUCAGCCUUGUUAACACUUAAUCACACUGGGAUUACAUUUCUAAUUAUUAGACAUUUGUGUUUCAAAUUUGAUGACUGAGCUUUGUGCCAUUGCUUACUGCCUAGAAAACUAAAAGGGAGACCAAAUGGUGUUAACUUCACAGGUGGCCAAUGUACCUGCUUUUAAGCCAUCUCCCAGUGAUGCGCUCCUUUUUAAGAAGUGUUUGUGUCGAACGCUAACUGGCGUUUUGUUUUCUGUGCCUGGGCUAAAUGCUGCUUGCUCUACUUGGAAGCUGUCAGAGCUCUGCCCUCCUCUACUCUUCUUUAACAAAGUACUGAAAGGGAAAUUAGGGACAAACUGAGCCACCGUAUGUAUGUAUGCAUAUAUGUGUGCCACCACUGGUAUCAAAUGUUAAUAAAUGUGGUUUUGAUGUUUCAGUG